ACUGCAUUGACCAGUAAGCAUCAGUGACCCAGCCCUUGUUUCCCUUCUCCAUUUCCUAGUUCCUACGUAUAAAAACACAUCCUGCCUGCCAGUGGCCUGGCCUCCCAUCGAUCGUCUUCGUCUCCCUCGCUCGCUCUAGAUUCUAGAACGAGCGAACCAGUUGGAUCAUCCAGCAGCCGAUCGAGAGCUCCCGCGAUAUGCUGCUGCGCACCGUCCGGUUCCUCUGCUCCGUCGUCGCCGCCUUCGCGCGACUCGUCCGGGAGCUCCGCAAGGCGGGCGUCAUGCUUUCCGCAUGCUCUCCGUCUCCUGUAGCGAUACUCUCGGCACCCACCGUGCCGGCGGCGUCUCCGAUCAACCUGAUAGCCUCCACGCCCCUCCCGAAGCGAAAGAAAACGCUUGCCCGGGUUGCCAUCCUCGAGAACCUUCUCGCCGCGCCGCCGACGACGCUGCUGCCACCAUCGUUGGUGGUUGGUCUUCCUGCAAAGGUGUCCGACGUUGUCAGUGAGGCCGCGAUGGUAGAGCAACAACAAGCAGCUCAGAGCUUGAUGAAGAAGGCCUCGUUGGCGGCCAGGAGGAGGCCGGCGCGGCUCGUCAUACCGGUGGGGGACGACGCUGGCGAGGUGGCCGCCGGCUGGGGCGCGGCUGCCGCUCCGGCGAAGGAGGCCGACGUGGAGGUGGAGGGGGAGGGGUUUUCGCUGGCGAGUAGGGCAGGACCGAGGCAUGCGAUGGAGGAUGCAUAUGCUGUGGUGACUGACGCAGAUUCUCAGCUGGCAUUCUACGGUGUGUUCGACGGCCACGGAGGCCGCGCGGCCGUGGACUUCGUCUCCGAGCGGCUCAGCAAGAACGUCGUGUCCGCCGUGCUCGCCGCCGCAGGAAAGGAUACGCGCUGCGAAGCAUCGUCGUCGGGGGACGACGACGCCGUCUCAGCGGCGAUCAGAGCGGCCUAUCUGGCCACCGACAGCGAGCUCCUCACGCAGCAUCAACAGGGUGCAAGCGGAGGUGCAUGCGCAGCGACGGCGGUGGUGAAGGGCGGCGACCUCUACGUGGCGCACCUGGGCGAUUGCCGCGUCGUGCUGAGCCGCGAGGGCGCGGCGGUCGCGCUGACGGCGGACCACACCUGCGCGGCGGAGGACGAGAGGGCGCGCAUCGAGCGGGAGGGUGGCUACGUGAGCCGCAGCGGCAGCGGCGUGUGGCGGGUGCAGGGGAGCCUCGCCGUGUCACGCGCGUUCGGAGACGGCGCGCUGAAGCAGUGGGUCAUCUCGGAGCCGGCGGUCACGAGGGUGCCCCUCGCCGCCGGCUGCGAGUUCUUGGUCAUUGCGUCCGACGGGCUCUGGGACAAGGUCAGCAACCAGGAGGCCAUAGACGCCGUCUCUGGCGGCCGGAGCCGCGCCGCAUCCUGCAGGGACCUGGUGGACAUGGCACGCCGCAGGGGAAGCCGGGACGACGUCACCGUCAUGGUAGUCGACCUCCAGAGGUUCGUAAGAUAGGAUAUUUGAUGGAUCGGAGCUGUUGGAGACACUAAUUGAGCAACAAGUUCACCUGGGUUUUGAUUGAGGAAGGUGAAAGUGAACCACACUGGCACAGAGUGUUCAUUGAUUGUAGAUAUUUAACAUGCAGUUUUAUUUGCAUCCCUGCUGCUGGGGAGCAAAUUAAUUCCUGGAA